AUGUCUGACUCCGACGACCGCGAGACCAAGCCCUUCAAGUUCGUUACUGCUCCGCAGACUGCGCAUUGGAAUGAUGGGGUGGAGGAGGUUCCCUCAGACCGGCCAUUGCUCGCUCUCGCUAAAGCGAGGAUGAUCCGCAUCUGCUCACGCCGCAUCGCAACAGGCUUCGACGCCCGCUUCCCGAACCAGAACCAGACCAAGCACUGCUGGCAGAACUACGUCGACUACCACAAGUGCAUCCUUGCUAAGGGUGAGGACUUCGCUCCUUGCCGUCAGUUCCUCCUCGCCUACAGGUCGCUCUGCCCUAGCGGCUGGGUCGAGCGCUGGAACGAUCAGCGUGAGGCCGGCACCUUCCCCGUCCGCCUUGACCAAUAG